AUGCUCGCCAACGCCGCAGUUUCGUUCUUCGUCUUGGCCUCUGCCAUGUUGCAGGGUGUCGACGGUCUCACCAUUCAGAAGCGUGGCUCGGCGGGUUGCGGAAAGUCUCAUAACUUCAUUGGCGAGACAAGGGACUUCAGCUUUGAAAGCAGCGGUGGCAAUCGAACUUAUCGGAUCUUCUUGCCCUUGGGAUACGAUGUGAACAAUCCCCAGCCACUAGUGAUUGCUUACCACGGUUCUGGAGGAACACCUUCGGCUAUCGAAUCGCUUACGAAGUUCUCCGACGAAUCAAUCAAUUCCAAGAUGGUUGCUGUCUACCCGGCCGGUGUAAAUGGAAACUGGCAAGGCCCAACAUACGCCACCCCCGGCGUCAGUGACAAAGUCUUCACCACCGAUUUAGUGAACCGCAUCAAGAACAACUACUGUAUCGACGAAUCCCGCGUCUACGCAGCUGGUCAAUCAAAUGGCGGAGGAUUCGUGAAUACCCUGGCUUGCUCUCCCGAGCAUGGUGGGCAAUUUGCCGCUUUCGCGGCCAGCUCGGCUGCGUUAUAUACCGAUGUGACGGGAGAUGAGACGUGCCACCCCUCGCGCUCGCCUCUCCCCUUCUUGGAAUCGCACGGCACUGGAGAUACGACAAUUCCUUACGAGGGCGGUACUGGCCGCGGCGGUCCUAUUCCUGCAAUCCCAGAGUGGCUAUCCCGCUGGUCCAUACGUAACAAGUGCAGUGGCUCCUCGACCUCAGAUCUGGGCAAUGGGGUGUCUCUGGAGGAGUGGACUUGCAGUGGAGAGAAGGGGUUGCUGAGCCAUUACAAGCUCGAGGGCCAUCCCCACGCGUACCCAUCAGAGUCUGACGCGCAGCUUUUCCUUUCUCCUAAGAUUAUUGACUUCUUUAAUCGUCACAAGAAGCCUUAA